GAAGAUCUGACAUACGGUGUGGAAAAAACUGCUUUUUUCGUUUGCGAAUUUUGCGCAUUCUCUGUCCAACCUUAAGCCAUCGACAACUCCUUAUUUAAAUCUGUACAUGUGGCAACACUGAUCUCCAUAGCCUCCAUGAUCACUCAAAGGCACUCACACCUCUCACGAGUCAAAAAUAUUUACACAUCGUGAGAGUCCAGUGAAUAAUGAUUUUGACAACAUAAAAAUUGCAUAUUAUUGUGUUUAUAUAUUGAUAAAUUCAAUCACUUUUAUUUUACAGCCAAAAUGGACCUGACCAAAUUGUGUCGAUUUUGCUCGAUGGAGAGCAAUGAACUAAAAUCUAUAUUUUCCGAAAAUACGGAUCGAAAUUUGCUGACAAUCAUCAACGAGGUGUUGAAGUUCUCGGUGCUCGAAAACGAUGGACUCCCGUCAAACAUAUGUGAACCGUGUUCCAAUAGUUUGUUGGCUCUGAAGGAAACCAUACACAACUUUAGAGAAAACGAAAAAAAUCUGCGAAGGAAAUUUCUCGGUCAAUCAGCUGAAGAUUUAGAGGAAGGUGAUAUGGGUUCACUUAUGGAGCUUGAACGGAUUGAAGUAAGCGCCGAUUUGAUGCUGAAGGGAGAACCCGAAGAAACGGACGCGUUGUUCUCGAUCGGUGAACGCCUAGCGCAACCUGAUGAAAUGCAGAUGCCAGUAACAGUUUUGAUUAAACAAGAAUCGAGCGAUCAGCAUGACGACGACAGACUGAAUGAUGAUAGCGAAGAGGAAGACGCCGAUGAAGAUGAAGAAGUUGAUACCGAGGACAGCGAAGAGGCGAUUGUAAACAAGAGAAAACCUAGGUCUAGUAGACCGGGCCCCAGACCUGCUUCCCAUUCUACUCCUCGUCCACGCGUACCACGACGUCAGCGUCGUCGCGAUCCCAACCGACCAAAGCUGAACGACCACAAGUGCUAUAUUUGCAAGAGUGAUUCGAUGGAAUCAGCUAAAGUUCUUCUGGAACAUUUGUCAGUUCACGUGAGCCUAACGCCCUAUACGUGCUCGGAAUGUGUAAUGGAAACAAUUGUAUUAAAAAACGUACGGUCCUUGAAUCUUCAUAAGAAAAUGCAUGCUCAGCCGGUGAAAUGCGAGUACUGUGAUCGACGUUACAGUGACCCAAGGACUAGGGAUGCCCACGUAAAAUUGCAGCACCUUGGUGAGAAUGCUCCACUUCCGUCUACUUGCGAGAAGUGUGGCAAGAUUUGCAAAUCGAUCGCUGCCCUGAAAAAUCACCUUCGAAACCAUAUGCUGGAUGUUAGAUGCGGUUACUGUGGCAAACUGUUCCAUAAGCGUAGUGUGUUAUUUAAACAUGUGGCCCAAGUACACGAAAAAUCAGAGAAAUAUGAAUGUACACAGUGCCACAAGGUGCUUCAUUCCCUGGACAGUUAUAAUAUCCACUUGACGCUUCAUAGUGCGGGUAAGCUAUUUAAUUGCGACUUGUGCCCGAUGACGUUCAGCACGCUGGGAAAUUUGCGUUGUCACAAAAAAGUUCACGCAAAAAAUGCUAAUUACAAACCGCAUAAAGAUUGGACCAGCCACUAUACCGUCUCGCAGGACCCGGAACGAGGCAAAAUUUACACCUGCAAUCUGUGUGGGAAUACGUAUUCCGGUUCGAUCAACACAAUUAUCAGCCACGUCAAAUGCCACUUCAAGGAUGUUCAGUGUGAGCAAUGUGGUGCGAAAUUUUCCAACAAAAACAAGCUAAAGAGCCACUACGUGGUCCACACCCGGGAGCGAAAUUACAAGUGUCAAUAUUGUGGGAAGGAUUACCUUUAUCGGCAGCACAUGAACUAUCACAUAAAGCAGAGCCACAAACUGGCUAUUGGUACAGCAGCUCAACCGACCGGCUCGGGAUCACAGAACAGAAUCGAUGCGGUGCAGCAAAAAGCCCAUACUAACGCUCAACAACAACUUAAAUGUACACUGAAAACUAUCGUGAAUGUGGGACUCUUCCUGCAGCGCGACCCAUCCACAUGGUCGCCAACAAUGUACGUUUACGCAGACGAGGGAAAUGCUGGUGACAAUCGAGUCUCUAUCAACGAACUCCUUAUAUUGGCAAAAGGGCUAAAACGAAGAAAGCUACCGCCCCGGACGAUAUCUCCAACAUGACACUGAAGACCGUGAUCCUGGCGUUUCUGGACAUGCUCAGGAUAGUUCUACAGAAAUGCCUAGACGAAGGCUACUUCACGGAUAGAUGGAAGAUUCAGAAGCUGGUGUUGGCCAAACCAGGCAAACCAUCAGGAGA